AUGGAGCAGUCUCUAAUUCUUAGACUUCCUGAAGACAUUCUUGUUUUUCAUGUGGUCAAGUAUUUGGAACUGAAAGACAUUAAAAACUUGUUCUUGACUUGCAAGCAGCUUAACAGAAGCCUCAACUGUCCCACUGUUUGGCAUGUUAUUUACAUGAAAACUUUCGCUGAGGCACAGGACGAAAACUAUUCGUUUGAGAUGUUCUAUAAGUGGGGACCGGCAAUGUACAAACAAAGAAAGCAUUCGGUGUUGAAAUUGUUCGGCUCAAACAGUUUUGGAAGGCUGGGAUGUACACGAGAAACAUAUAAUAAUUCGAAGUAUGAAAUUGUUAACGGUCAACGAAGAUAUUAUGGAACUUUCCAGAUGACUUCCCAGAGUGGGUAUGCUGACAUUUCCGCAGGAGGUUUUUCAUUCGAGAUUCUUGGAAUUGACGGAACACUUAGUUUUACAGGCUAUGAUUGGCAUGGCAGACUUGGACGCAUUGCACCAGGCUUAAAAGGUGAGAGGAUUGGUACUAUUCAGGCUGCUCGUCCUAGAAAUCCCAUAAAUACAGUUCAGGCUCUUUACUGGAAGACUUUGCCUCGAUUUACGGCCGUUAGCUCCGGUAGAGCUCACUUUCUUGCCCUUGAUUCUGACAAUAAUUUAUGGACAUGGGAUGAUGGACAUGUUUUAUUAUAUGGAGAGCAUCUUACGCUUUGGGAUGGAAUCAUUGACAAGGAAAUCAAAGGGAAAAUUUUAAAGAUUAGAGCUGGCUGGAACCUAAAUUCUUGUAUGGUUGCAGGUGUCGGAAUAGUUGUGUGGUCAUACAGAACAGUAAAUAAUUCGCUCACAAAGGCGUACGUUCGUAUACUACCUAGAACGAAUGAAAACUACAUCUUUGACUACGUUCUUUUAGAAAGUGCUGUAAUUAUGAUUGAUCGGCAUGGUAUCUUAGAAAAAAUUGAUUUUUCCGGCUUGAAUUUAGAUGAAAUUUCAUCAGAAAACGUGCAUUUACCACCCACAGUUGUUUUGGAUCAGUUUAUGAGCUAUAUCAAGACCAAUGGUUCCUCUCGAUUUAUUCGGUUGAGUGGUUGUUAUGAGACAUUCGCAGUCAUUUCAGAGGGUGAUGAUGUUUUGAUCGGGAAAAGAGGCCGGAUGCAAUUCAAACUUCCAUUGAUAAUGGCAUCGUUGAAGCAGAAAUCAAUUAUUACUGUUGCAGCUGGCGAUUAUCACUUUUUAGCACUAGAUAAUAAAGGUCAGGUGUAUUCCUGGGGAAGGGAAUCUAUGGCAAAUAAUUGUUUGGGGUUGGGAAAGCUCACGACAAUUUUAAGUAAAGGCAUUGGGUAUAUGGACGGUAAAGAUCUCGUGGUUCCAGAUCCACAGCCUAUUCAAGUUUCAGGUAGGGUACUUGCAAUAGCUGCGGCCGGAUGGCAUUCGGCAUUAAUAGUUGCCCCAAACGCACCUGACUCUGACAAUUCAUAA